AACACCAGUGCUGUGAAACGCUGUGCAGCCAUGAGGUCUCUGGUAACAAAGAGCCAAGCCAGGCAGCUUCUGCACAAUAAGUUUGUGGUCAUUCUUGGUGGUUCAGUGCAACGCUCCAUGUAUAAAGACCUGGUGGUGCUGCUUCAGAGGGAUCAGCAUUUGACUCUGUCUCAGCUCAAGUCCAAAGGCGAGUUUUCCUUUGAGAAGGACUUGCUAGUGGAAGGAGGUUGCUUGGGUCCAAUGACAAAUGGGACAGAGUACAAAGAGGUCAGCCACUUGGGUCCCACACUGUGUUACGACAUCAUUGAAGCCAACUUCUACAGUACAAAACUGGCAGAUUUCAAUGGCUUGGAUGUUCUCGAUCUGCACUUCUACUUCCGCCAUAGCCUGCACCACCGCAUGCCAGACCGGAUCCACUGGGAUGCGCUUGCCCACCGAAGGAUCAGCAGCCUAAUCCUGAAGCAUGUUGCUGAUGCGUGGGGCAUAAAGCUAUAUGAUAAUCUGCAGCAAGUGUCUCAGCAUCACAGAGAUGGCUUGGCACAACGUCAAACUGCACCUCAUUGGUUCUGCCCACAACCUCCUCCUCACUCAGAACUUCUCCAGAGAUAUUGUGGUUAUCACAACCGGCAGUGCAGCUUUACAUUGGAUGGGUUUCAGGUUCCUCCACCAAUCCCAGCAGCAGCCCAACGUGUGUUCUGUCUACACCAUGUCCAUCACUGCAGGCUGCAGAACUUUGCUUAUACUGGAGUCUGACCAUUUUACACUCCAUCUCCUCAUCCAGGUCUUCAGACAUUGCCUCCUGCCAGAUUGUUGCUGUCACGGCAGUACCAACCUCAGAUCAGAGCUGAACGCUCCCAGAUGGACAUCCAGCUCAAUACUGGUGAACGUUUUCAUCCACAUUUUUACUGUGACACUCACAUUCUGAGGAGGAGAUGGAGAGGGAUGAUGAACAGGAGACACCCCUACCCCCAUCAUCCUCCCCGACGGACAUCUAGACAUGCUCCUUAUGAGUGGCCUGUAUACUGAGCUCCAUGCUUGAGAUUCUCUUGGAACCUCCUACAACUAAUCUGGAUUUUUUUCCCUUGAUCACUUUGCCGGGCAGCCGCUCUUGUGUACCCUCCAGUCUGAUCGUGUUCGACCUGCCCGCUCUCCCACGAGGCCCCUCUGGAUCAUCAGACCACGUUGCCGUCCUGCGCAGCAGGACAGCCCCAGACUCGCAUCUCUCUUCCCCCGGGCGGAUCCAUCCCCGCCUGAACUGUGAGCUAAGCUCAUUGAAUUGUUUUUUUUUACCUUGGACACCACUCACCGUCUGCCGUUUCCUUUUCAGCCUGACCUCAGGCCACCCCACUCUCUGAAUGAAUUCUCUGAAAAUUGUGUAAAUAAAUAAUCAAAUCCA